AUGCUGAGGGGCUCAGUGAGUCUGAGCAGAGCUGAGGAGAGACCCUGGUCCGGGACUGUGGACUCAGCUCCUGGAGAUGUUCUGGACCAGUUCCAGACCUCAUUAACCUUGAACAGAAGGCUCACUGCCCCCUCCUCCUGUGGGCUGGCCUUGGACCCACUGGGCUGGCCACACACGGAUGGCAGACCCCACACAUCCCCACUGCCCGGCAAAGGCUGGACUGUGGACCUAAAGCAGAGUGGGCCUCUUCCUGGUCCCCUCAGCUCCAUUUAUCAGCAGCAGCUCAGGCCUCGGCGGCUGCUUCAAGCGUGCCACCCGGGAUUCUUCAAGGCGUUUGCUGGAAAUAUAAAGUGCUCCAAGUGUCCUCCGCACAGCAUCAGCUUCAGUGAAGGCUCCGCAGUGUGCCGCUGUGAGGCCGGCUUCUACCGCGCAGACAAGGACCCGCCCACUAUGGCCUGCACUCGCCCUCCAUCUGCCCCUCGUAACCCGAUGUUUAACCUGAACGACUCCUUCCUGCUGCUGGAGUGGUCGCCUCCCAGUGACAGCGGCGGCCGCAGGGACCUCACCUACAACGUCCAGUGCAAACGCUGUGGAUCGGAGUCGGAGCAGUGUCGCCUGUGUGACGAAGAGCUGAGGUUCCUGCCCCGGCCACUAGGGCUCACCAACGCCACUGUCACCGUCACCGACUUCUCUGCACACGCCAACUACACCUUCGAGAUAGAGUCCAUGAACGGAGUUUCUGACCUGAGCUCCUUUCCGCGCCAAGUGGCUUUUAUCACCGUCAGCACAGAUCAAGGGGGUCCAUCCGUGGUGGGCGUCAUGAAGAAGGACUGGGCUUCUCCGAACAGUAUCGCCCUCUCCUGGCAGCAGCCGGAACAGACAGCCCUGCUCAUCCUGGAGUACGAGGUCAAAUACUACGAGAAGGAGCAUGAACAGACCAGCUACUCUUCCACACGAACCCGAGCUCCCAGUGUGAUCGUCUCUGGCCUGAAACCUGCCACAUGGUACGUCUUCAGUGUGCGCACCAGGACAGCGGCCGGAUACAGCUCCUACUCCCCCAAGUAUGAGUACGAGACCACCGGAGACUCCUCGGACUUGGCGGCAGACCAGGGCCAGGUCCUGGUCAUCGUCACCGCGGCUGUGGGCGGCUUCACUCUGCUCGUCAUCCUCACCUUGUUCCUGCUCAUCACUGGAAGGUGUCAGUGGUACAUCAAGGCCAAGAUGACCGCAGAGGACAAGAGGAGGGCCAGCUACCAGAACGGCCUGGUGCCGUUCCCGGGGAUAAAGACCUACGUCGACCCUGACACCUACGAAGACCCCACUCAGGCCGUGCACGAGUUCACCAAGGAGAUAGACCCGUGUCGCAUCCGCAUCGAGAGAGUGAUCGGAGCCGGGGAGUUUGGGGAGGUGUGCAGCGGUCGCCUCAGGACCCCCGGGAAGAAGGAGAUCGCUGUGGCCAUCAAGACUCUGAAGGGAGGAUACGUGGAGAGGCAGAGGCGGGACUUCCUGCGAGAGGCGUCAAUCAUGGGCCAGUUUGACCACCCCAAUAUUAUCAGGCUGGAGGGAGUCGUCACCAAAAGGUCAGGCGAAGUUCAGAGCUCCGUGCACCUCAAGGGGAACGCCUUCACACCAGCCUGCUCCAAGAGUGACCCAAUUUUUACUAUCUCCGCUUUCCGCUUCCUCGACAUUGGAUUAAGUCUAUCCACAGGAUGGUUGUGGAUAUUGAGAGACACCUACUGCCAGCUCAAGUCUUUUGUAUCCUGGGGUCAUCACUGCCUUCUGCUGUUGGUGUUGGAGAAGCAACUGAAAUGGGAUUAA